UAUCAUAACAAAAUUACAACAGUAAAUAAUACAGUUGCUAUAUAUAAAGAGCAGUUCUUGCACUUCUGUGUCAGAUCCUUCAAGGAGAGUUCCUUAAGAUCAUAAAGGAUUCCUAGACCCAGAGCGUUGGAAGAUUUGUGCGAAUUACCAUAGCAAUCAUGGCACAGGUAAUUAUGGGCCCUGCAAUGCUGAUUGUGCUGUGCUGUUGUUUGGUGACAGUGACUCCUUUUACAGAGGAACAACUGCUCAGAGCAACAAACUACAUAAGACAACAUUUAACUGGGCGCAUAAAUAAUCAGUAUGCCUACAUCGCCGUAUUCACAACUGCCCAAUGCAGAGAGCUUACUGAUGCUAAUCUAAGGGAUGCUCUCAGACAAGAAAAUGCUGACGACCUUAUGACUACGAUUGAACAACAUAGGAUAUACAUAGGAACCCAAAUAGUAGCUGCUUCAUUCCUUCGAUUAAAUAAUGGUGGUGCGAUGCAUGCUGAAGCUCGUCUUUUGAAUGGCGAAGGAGAAGCUCCAUCUCCAGUGGCUGAUUUACUAAAUAGAAACCAGGAUAAAGGAUGUGUGUUGUUUUACACUUUGAAUUCACCCUGUACAGGAGUCUGUGCCAGGAUUGGAGGGGAGUAUAAUAUUCUAGAUAGACUUACUGAUGUCUUUAACAGAAUUAAUAACAAAGCUUUAGUUUACAAUGAUGUGUAUAUUGGUGACCUUAAUAGAAAGCCAGAUACUGUUUGGGACGCUUGGAAAGAGAUAAAUGCUAGAAUUCCUUUUUAUCGUUGUUUCAGUAGAAACUGUUACAGAUGUUUUAUAAACAACAAUCCAAAUAAUCCUUGCUACUAUAACUGAUACAGUAUGUCAUCAAACAAAUGUUUUAAACAUGUUUUAGACAAUAAACAUAUACAGCAUAAAAUA